AUGGGCUGCGCGUGCGCGCCAGAGAGUCGGCCACCACCACCUCCACUGCUGCUGCUGUCGCUGUUGCUGCUGCUGCUGCUGUCCCCGACCGUGCGGGGUAACUGCGGCCCACCUCCAGAAAUACCCAAUGCCACGCCAGAGUGGGAUGGAAACACCAAUUUUUCCGAGAACAGCUUUGUGUUAUAUUCAUGUAAUCAAGGCUUUAAAAAAAUUCCAGACAAGGAUAACACAGUGGUCUGUCUUAAUGAUGGUCAAUGGACUACCCUCGAAACAUUCUGUAAUAAAAGCUGUGGUGCUCCAACAAGGGUAUCUUUUGCAUCCCUCAAAAAAGCAUAUGUCAACUUGAAUUAUUUCCCGAUUGGUAGCACUGUGGAAUAUGAGUGUCGGCCAGGAUUUCAAAGAUAUUCUUCACUAUCAGGCAAAUCAACUUGCCUUGAGAAUUUACAAUGGUCCAAAGUUGCUGAAAUUUGUAGAAAAAAAUCAUGUCCUAAUCCUGGAGAAAUAAUAAAUGGUUAUAUCAACGUAACAACUGGCAUAUUAUUUGGCUCAGAAAUAUUUUUCUCAUGUGACACAGGGUACAGGCUAAUUGGUUCAUCCUCUGCCUACUGUUAUCUUACGGGAAGUACUGUUGACUGGAGCGACCCAUUACCAACAUGCACAGAAAUUUUUUGUCCAGAUCCACCAAAAAUUGGCAAUGGAACUAUUCGAGAGGAAAGUGACACUUAUGCGUAUAGACAUGCUGUCACCUAUGUAUGCGCCAGAGGUUUCGUCCUGGUUGGAAAGAGUUCCAUUUAUUGUACUGUGAACAAUGACCAAGGAGAAUGGAGUGACCCGCCACCUCGGUGCAUAGAGAAAUCCAAGAUCCCAACAUCUCCAAAAACAACAACAGUUAAUGUUCCAAGUACAAGUGUUCCAUCAACGUCCCAGAAACCUACCACCAUUAAGGUUCCACAGACAGAAGUCCUACCAGUGUCUCAGAAACCCACCACAGUUAAUGUUCCAGCAACACAGCAUGUACCUGCUACCAAGACAAGCACACAUUAUCCAAAAAGAACAUCUAAAGAGAAAGAAAGGUCUACCUCAGCCACCUGUUCCUUCUUAGCGUAA